UUCUCAGCUCGUAUUUCUUCUUCUUCUUUUCUUUCCCCCUGAUUUUUCAACUUGUUUUUUCCCUCAGCUCGUUCUCACCUUCUCUUCCAGGCCACCACCUCCGAAUUCCCACCUUCUCCAUUGAAGCAGCUGCAUGCACCUCCUUCUGUCUCCAUAUGUCUCCUCCAUUGAACUCGUGCUCUCUAUUCUCCAUUGAAGCGCAUUUUGAGUUUUCUCAACUCCAUUGAAGCAGCUUCGAGGGUUCUGGUUUUAUUUCUAUUUUUUGUCAAACAAAAUAAGUAGGAGAAAGAGAGAGUAGGUCCUACCCGCCGCCACUCACCCUUCGCCGGCCACCCUCCGUUCCCCUCAGCCGUCCUUCGUGCGUCGGCUACCGACCACCAGGUAAUUUUUCUAAUAUUUUUCCUUAACACUAGAUAUCAGUUAUCACCUGAUAUUUCUGAGCAAUAAUUAUUAUCAAAACUUGAGAGAUUUUUUAACAUUUUUGGGUAAAAUUUCGUCUUUGAAUUGAUAUAAUCAAUUAUCGUAGUCGGUCGAUAUAAUCAUGCAAGGUAGAAAACCCAAUUUGUUUGCCGAAUUAUUCAAAUUUUGAGCUUUUAUUGGAGUCGAUUGAUAUAAUCAAUGAAUCAUGCUAACACUGCUUUUUGUUGUUUUCUCUAAAUUUUUUUCAAUUUUUUGUUGCGAUUUAUAGUUUUUGGAUUAGAUAAGUUUAUUUUCUUGCUAAUUCUGUAUUAAAUUGUUGUUUAUAUUUACGAUUUUAUUGUGAUUUUUAUUGCAAUUUUCUGGCAAUGUUUAGUUGACUAAGACGGACAGACAUUGAUGCAGGUAGAUGAAUGGUGAGUUUUUUUUUUUUUUGUGUGUGUGUGUGUGUUGGGGGAGGGGGGGUUAGACCUUCUUUUGAUCAUUUUCUGCGCAAAAAUUGUAGAGCGGUUCAUAAAAUGAACCAUUAGGUGGUUUCUAAAUAUGCUUCACAAUUUAGAAUUCUGGACAGUUCAUAAUUUUGUAGCUUAAGCCUUUAACACUUCACAAACAAAAUGCCUAAAGCCUUUAUCACUCACUCUGUCAGACCUCAAGUCUCAAUAAAUCUCAAUAUAUAACACAUUGUUCUUCAAAUUUUAAUGCCUUUUUUUUUUCCUCAAAUUAACCCUCAUAUAGGAUAUUUGUAAGCUAAAAAUGUGUAUUGAUCAAGUUUAUCUGCUUAGUAUGAUGAUUUGAAGGUGUUGAGGCCUCUUUUUAUUCCUCAAAAAAAUGUUCUGGGUUAUAAUUAUUUUAAUUUGUUUACGCUAAUAAGUCUAGAAAAGGGUUGGUAAGUUCAAUUAUAACUAAAAGUAAGUUUAUGUUAGGGCCAAUAAGUUGGUUAGUUUACAUCAGAUAUGAUUGGAGUUUCUAGGUGAAAAAUACAUAGCCUGAAAAUUCUAUCAGUUUUUGUUGAUAUAUGAAGAAAUGGCUCAUGUUAUAAAUAGAUAAACUUGUGCGUGAGAGGAAAUUAGUUGGUGAUGUGGACUCGUCUCUUGAGAAAAAUAGAGAACACAUGAGAAAUUGUUGACCUCAUUUAUUCAACAGUAAGUAUGAUAUGCCUUCUAUGUAUGUGGGUGAGAAUCGGGUAGUAUAUUAAUGGUUUUCAUCAUCUGUAUAUAAUAGAUGCGAAUGUGGCUGGACUACAUUCACGAAGACUGUACAGUUUACUUUGUCAGAUCUAUCAUUUUAUAAUCUAUGAAAAUUGAUUUACUGCUGAUUUUCUGAAUUUAAUUGUGAUUUUACUGUUGCUAUGCUUGUCAAGAGACAUGGUGAUGUAUUGCUACCUAUUGAUGACUACAACAUUGAGCUUGAGGAUCAAAGAGGGCAGAAGCUUAAUAUGGGUUCUUACAGAUCAAAGUGCAAAUCAUUUGCCGGUAGAGACAAAACUGGAACACGAUGAAGCUUUACUAUCCCAAGAGGCUGAUGCUGAUUAUGUCAUAGAAGUUUUAGGUGCGAUCAACAGUAAUGCAGCAUUUUAUAGGGGUAUGAUAGUAGUAAUUGGUAUAAUGGUGCCUCAGUUGAGUAGAUGGCAGAAGGGCAGAAACACAGCCAGCAUAGCAGCCACCAGCACAAGACCAGGACAUCUAGUUAAAUGAAAUGCAAGAAAGGUCGAUCAGAGAUAAGUCUAGAUUAUUUAAUUUUUUUUCUACAAAUAUUGUAA